CAAUCAGCUGCUUCUGUACUAUUCUGAUCGGCUUAGUGCAACUCAAAACCUUUAAUUUUAGGGGAACAUGGUGACCAAGCGAAUCAGGUCAGAAUAUAUGAAGAAAUUUAAAGACCCCAAAUGGGAAACGUACGCGAAGUGUUAUGAGGACUUGGUGAAGUACAGGCUGUCCAGGAGACUGUUGGAGCAGGCACACAGCCCGUGGUUUUGGGAUGAAAGUGGAAGCGACACAGAGUCCAGUGGUGAAUCAACACCUCAGCACAGGAGGACAGUGGAACCAGUCCAGCUGCAAGAACAAAGUGAACCAGAGGCGACUGUAGAACAACCUGAACAGCAAACUGCAGAGGCAGUAAACACUGAGGGUUCUGAUGCAAGAGAGGCUGAAACAAGCCACAUCAGGGAACAAGUUACAGAAGAUAUUGAACCUCAAGAAAAGGAGGAAGAAAAAAGCAGAAACGUUUCCCGUACUGCAGCUCUUAUACAUUCACAAACGGAUCCCCGUGUACAGAACAACACUAAACGAAAGACACACUAUACACAAAAGCCAGCCCGACCAAAGGCCAAGCAUACCAUCACCAAAGACACUGAUAAAGGAAGCAGACAUCCUUUUGCUCUGUAUGGCUCAGGAGAAAGACAGGCAGAUAUGGCUUCUAAAAGAACCCACAACGUGAGUGCAGGUGCAUCAACCAAAGAGAUCCAUGAAUCAGCGCUACGAGCAAAAACCAGACGAGAGGUUGAGAAACGGAUAAAGAAAGUGGGCAAGGAGAGAGCAAAAUCUGCUGACCAGGAGAACCUAACCAGAACCAAGCCUUUCCCUGAUUAUAACCCAUGGAUGACUGAGUACAUGCGCUGCUUCUCUGCUAGAUCACAGUAAACCUCCUAAGACUGUUUGGAUUUGGCUUGGCAAUCUUUUAAACUAGAUUACUAUUAUGCAAAUCAAUCAGGAAAAAGACAUUUUAUCUUGCAAGACGGGCACUAUGUGUCACUUUUUAACUGGGUUAUUGACUUCAAAAUCAUGAUAAUUAGUUUCCAAUAAAUAACUGUUAAUUAACUGCAUCAUUAUACAGAAUGACAUGGUUAUGCAUCAGGUAGUGUGACUGACACACAGUACCAGGGUUAUAAGGACCUUGGAUUGAAUUGCUCCACCGGCCGUGACACAUUUUCAGUGUCUGCAUAACUUUCAAUAAGAUAAAUACACUAUAUGUCCAAAAAGUAGACACCUGAGCAUGAGCUUUUUGGAAAUCCCAUAACAAAAUCAUGAACAGUUAUAUGGAGUUGGCAUCUUGUUUGUGCCUAUAAAAGCCUCUAUUUAAUAGGAAUUAUUACAUAUGUGAAUUUAGAUUGUUUAAACUUAUUUCUUUGCAGUGGCAAAUCAGAUUAGUGUAUUUUAUCUCUAACACAUGACAAGAGAGCAGCCUGUACUGGGACUAAUGGGUUUCAUUAAAACCACAAUGUUUUAACUAAACUGAUCUGGGUCAAAUUACCAUCCAUUUACACAUUCCAAGUGUUGUCAACAGUUUUCAUUUUGUAACCUAUUAUAUAAUGUUGUUUAACAUUGUGUAAUGUGUUUUGUA